AUGGAUGAAAAAAGUAAAACCUAUUGGGUUAUUAAGGAUGACGAUGAUGUAACUGAUUCAAUUUCCAAUGGCUCUUUGACAGAAGAUUCAAUGUGUUCAUAUUUUUCUUCAUCAGAGAUUGAUGAUCAUGAUCAAGAAGUUUCAUCAUCUUCAUCUUCAUCAAAUUUAAAUGGUCCUUUAUAUGAAUUAUCAGAACUCAUGAACCAUCUUCCUAUAAAGAGAGGAUUGUCUAUGUUUUAUCAAGGGAAGGCACAAUCUUUUGGUUCAUUAGCAAGGGUGGAAAGUAUACAAGAUCUUCCUAAAAAAGAGAAACCAAAUUACAGAAAUAAAGUGAAAUCAUGCAAGAGUUUUGGUUUGAGCACUCCAAAGGCAACAAUAACAAAGAAAUCUCCAAGAAGUUCUUCUUUAUCAGUAAUAAUUUCUAGAAGGAGUUUCCUUGGAGAGCCUAGAUAG